CCCAUGUGAGCCCAGAGUUGAAUCGUUUGCGCCUUUUAUUCAAUCAUUGUUUUGGACUUUUAAUUGCAAACCAAUUGUCUUCAGACACACCGUUCACAGUGUGACCACGAAUUGUCUUCCGGAGUGUCAUACGUGUGUCCCUUCGGGCGCCGCAGUCAUGGAAGAGGAUCCCGAUGUCAUACUUCUGCAGGUGUUUCUGGAGGAGACGUUUCACACGACGGAACCGAUCCGCGAGAAACCGAUCCAGACGUCCAUCGACAGGGUGUGGAUCAAAGACCGGCGCCAUAAGUAUGUGACACACAAUGGCGUGCGCGUCAAGAGCGAGGAGCCGGUGCUGAAACCCACUCUCAACCAGCGUUUCCAAGACCUCCAGAGCCAACGCCAGGCGGCGGGCGUCGUCUUCGAGACCGAUCCCACGGUUGGCGACGACGAGGACUUCGAGGACGUGGACGACGAGGACGAAGAGGACUUGUCGACGGGUCCGACAGCGAUGGCGCGCAAGAAUCGACGCAAACAAAUGGUGACAAUCGCGCAGAAGCUGAAGAAGCGCGCGAUCGCCAACCGGUUGGGCGUGUCGUAUAUGCCCGGACACAACCGCUUGCGACCGACACUCGCGGCCGCCAACAGACCCGUCGCUAAGAAGAGUUGGGCCGAAAAGUUCGGCCGACUAUUGGCGGCCAAAAAGCUGCUGUAUUUGCCGCUACUGUUACGCAAGUAUAAUACCGGCCCCCGAAAGACGCGCCAAGAGCUGGACAUGGAGUUAGACCUCUAUAUGUCCGAAAUCAAGGGCCCGAAGAUGCAGUUGGCCUUCAAUGACAUCACAAACGCUGUGAACAACGGCGGCGACAUCAACAGAGGGUUCAAUGUCGUGGACACCAAAGAGCUGUUGAGUGGCAUCGGCGGUAAGGGCUGGCGUAAGAAGAUUAAGGAACAGCCGGCGCCCGAAGUGGUGAAGGAGGUGCUCGACAUGGAGAUCGACUCGUAUAUGGCCGGCAAGGAUAAGGAGCAGAGAGAGCCCAUUGUCUUCUCAGUGGAGGAGAUGGACACGAAGGAGGGGCUGGACAUCGAUUUGGAUGAGUAUAUGGCAGUCGUCAGGAAGAAGGCGCCGCCGAAGACGCUGAUGAACGGCACGACGUGAUCUCAUUACCACUCCCUCCACUAUAAUGUCAUAUAUAUUCGCAAUUCAUUGAAAUAUUUGAAAUAUUUUUUAUAACCAUUUGUUUAUUUUGCUUAAGAUAUCGUUAUGUUUAGUAUUUUUGUUCAUUUUUAUAAUGCCAU